GCCAGCCGUCGGAGGAGCGGCGCCGCCCGCCCGACGCCUCGCCGCGCGGGGCGCCCCGGGGGCCCCGGCGGCCGCGCCGCGCUGGGGCGCCACCGCUUCGCCGGUGGCCUGCGGCUCCGGUGUGGCGGUGGAGGUGCCGGUGGCCACGGCAGGCCACGUCGUGGGCGAGAAGAAGCACGGCUGGACGUGCUUGCGUGAGGAAUACGUCAAGGAGUUCAGCUGCACAGGGUAUCUGCUGGAGCACGACCGCACGGGCGCACAGUUGAUGUCCAUGGUGCAGCCUGCAGACGAGAACAAGACCUUUGGGGUCGUCUUCCGCACGCCUCCCGAGAACUCCAACGGCAUCGCGCACGUGCUCGAGCACUCGGUGCUGUGCGGGAGCCGGAAGUACCCCGUCAAGGAGCCGUUCGUGGAGCUGAUGAAGUCGAGCCUGCAGACGUUCCUGAACGCCAUGACCUUUCCAGACCGCACCUGCUACCCGGUCGCAAGCUGCAAUCUCCAAGACUUCUACAACCUGGUGGACGUCUACCUCGACGCCGUCCUGCAUCCGCGGGCGGUCAGCGAUCCUCGUGUCCUGGCCCAGGAGGGCUGGCACUACGAGAUCGAGAAGAAGGACGACCCGCUGGUGUACAAGGGCGUGGUCUUCAACGAGAUGAAGGGCGUGUACUCCAGCCCAGACAGCACGCACAACUCGCUCGGGAUGCGGUCCCUUUUCCCCGACAGCACAUAUGGAGUGGACUCCGGGGGAGACCCCAAGGUUAUUCCCAGCCUCGACUUCGACUACUUCAAGAAGUUCCACUCCAAGUACUACCACCCGUCGAACGCAAAGUUCUGGUUCUACGGUGACGACCCGGCCGAGAAGCGGCUCGAGCUCCUGGACAGUUUUCUCUCCGAGUUCGACCGGAUCGAUGUCGACUCCAGCAUCAGCGAGCAGCCCCUGUUCGAGACGCCCAAGAAGGUCACUGGCGAGUUCGCCGCGGGCGAGGACGAGGACAUCUCCAAGAAGCACAUGGUCAGCAUCAAUUGGCUGCUUGCCGACCGCAAGCUCGAUCUGCAGUCCAGCCUGGCUCUGUCAUUCCUCAACUACCUGCUCAUGGGAACGCCGGCCGCGCCACUGUACAAGGCCAUGGUGGACAGCGGUCUCGGCUCCCGGGUCAUCGGCGGUGGGCUCUACGACGGACUGCUUCAGCCGAUCUUCGGCGUGGGUCUGAAGGAUUUGCAGGCCGAAGACACCUCGAAGGUAGAGGAUCGGCUGGUGAUCGCGACGCUUCGCGGAAUCGUUGAGAACGGUUUCCAGGACGAGGAGGUGCAGGCGGCCAUCAACACGAUCGAGUUCCGCAACCGCGAGCUGAAUACUGGCAGCUUCCCCAAGGGCCUGGCCUUGAUGUUCGCCUCGGUGGAGAAUUGGAACUACGGCGGGGACCCUUUCGAGCCUUUGCGCUUCGAGGAACCUCUGGCGAACCUCAAGGAACGGCUCGCGAAUGGCGAGAAGGUGUUCGAGGAUCUGAUCCAGGAGAGGUUCCUGAACAACAACCACAGGGUGGUCGUUGAGAGCGUCCCCAGCAAGGAGUUUGGCAAGCGGCAGGACGAGGCAGAGAAAGCCGAGCUUGCUUCGCACAGGGAGACCUUGGACGAUGCGGCGAUCGAUGCUCUCAUCGAGGAGACGAAGACACUGAAGAAAAUCCAGGAGACGCCCGACUCGCCCGAAGCCAUGGAGAAGGUUCCCCGCCUCUCGCUGGAGGACAUCCCAAAGGAGAGCCCCAAAAUUCCAACUGAGGCCACUGGAUCGAAGCCGACCACGCUCGUGCACGAGUUGCCAACAAGCGGUGUGGUGUAUGUCGACAUCGCGUUCAGUCUGGAUGCUGUGCCAGAGGAGCUGUUGCCGCUGCUGCCCCUCUUCGCGGCUGCGCUGCGCCAGCUGGGUACUGCCAAGGGCGACUUCGUCAGCCUCACGCGCCGCGUCGACAGGCUCACUGGUGGCAUCUCGGCCUCGACGAUCUGCCUCAACAAGCGCGGGGAGCCGAAGCCAGAAAUGUACUUGAUGCUGCGCGGGAAGUCGAUGGAGAGCCAAGUGCCGGACCUCGCGGCCCUGAUGGAGGAGAUCGCCUUGACGGCGAACUUGGACAACCAGGAGCGCUUCGUGCAGCUCGUGAAGCAGUCCAGGUCCGGAGCGCAGUCCGGCAUCGUGUCCAGCGGCCACGUCGUGGCCGGCGCCAGGCUCUCGGCCCAGACGUCCCAGGCCGGCUGGGUCAACGACAAGUGGAGCGGGUUGACGCAGUACCAGUACUUGUCGGGUCUCCUGGCCGAGAUCGAGGGCGGCGGUUGGGAUGCCGUGUCCGCCCGCCUCAAGCGCCUCCAGGCGUGCGUGUUCAACCGGGGCGCAUGCGCCGUGCUGAACCUGACCGCGGACGCUGGCAGCAUCCCUGCGGCCCAGGCCACUAUCGAGGCGUUCGCCGGAGGACUGCCCGAGACGGCCGAUGAGCUCGUCGUGCUGGCGCCGAAGCUGGAGCGCUUCGCGGAGGGCAUCAUCGUGCCGACGCAGGUGAACUACGUCGGGAAGGGCGGCAACCUCUACGCGGCGGGCUACACACUGCACGGCUCCUCGCUCGUGGUUUCGAAGCUCCUGGGCACGACGUACCUAUGGGACCGGGUGCGGGUCAGCGGCGGCGCGUACGGGGGGUUCUGCAGGUUCGACCCGCGAAGUGGCGACUUCAAGUACCUGUCGUACCGCGACCCCAACCUGGAGGGCACGCUUCAGAACUACGACGGCGCACCGCAGUUUCUGAAGGAGCUCAAGCUGGGGGAGGACGAGCUCACAAAGGCUAUUAUCGGCUGCAUGGGCGACGUGGACUCAUACAUGCUGCCCGACGCCAAGGGGUAUCAGGCCAUGCUGCGCUUCCUACUCGGAGAGGGAGACGACUACAGGCAGCAGCUCCGCGACGAGAUCCUGUCCACGACCACGAAGGACUUCGGGGCGUUCGCCGGCGCUCUUGACAGCGUAAAGGUGGGCGGCAUCUCCGUCGUGGGCUCCAAGGAUCACCGAGCCAUCGAGCGGUCAAAGGGGGAGUACGAUCUGAGCACCGUGAGCCCGUUCGCGGCCUGAGCCACCGCUGCAGGGGUGGGCGCCAGAGCGCGGGCGAGCGCGGGUGCCGCGACCACCAUCGCGGCACCGACACACACACACACACACCCGCACACACGCACACACACACACAC